AUGUGGAUCCCUUCUCGUCGGCAACUAUGCUGGGCCUUCCUGGCUGCCUCAUUGCUCUCCGUUACCUCCUUCUUUCUCCACCUCUGGAAAGGCAGCUUCUCCCCCAAACUGGUUUUCUCUGCUCUGUGCCACAAGCAAUGCCCAGGCUUAACCAAAGUGGCCCUCUUCUGCCUGCCAGGGACCCCUCAAGGCCCCAAUGGUUCUUUGGCCCUCCACAAGCCAGCAGCAAGUCCUGAGCCUGGCAUCUGGACUAUCCAGCCAGAGGGGCGCUUUGGAAACCAGAUGGGCCAAUAUGCUACUCUCUAUGCCCUGGCCAAACUGAAUGGGAAGCAAGCCUUCAUCCUGCCAGACAUGCAUGCCACCCUGGCCCCAGUCUUCAAGGUCACCCUUCCAGUACUAGACAGUGAGGUUGCUGCCCGAAUGCCCUGGCACAUCUACCCUCUUCGAGACUGGAUGGAGGAGGAGUAUGCCCACCUGGGUGGCCAGGACAUGCUACAGUUUACUGGCUUCCCCUGUUCCUGGACCUUUUACCACCACCUUCGGGCUGAGAUCCAGCGAGAAUUCUCCUUGCACCGCCAUAUCCGAGAGGAUGCACAGGCUUUCCUUCAUUGGGUCCGCUACAGCAGGGGCAAGGGCAGGAGCCUCACUUUUGUGGGGGUCCACGUCCGCAGGGGCGACUAUGUGGAGGUGAUGCCCAAGCACUGGCGAGGUGUGGUGGCUGAUCGUGCCUACCUGGAGCAAGCCCUGGCCUGGUUCAGGGCUCGCUACCCUGACACCGUUUUUGUGGUGACCAGCAACGGGAUGAAGUGGUGUCAAGAAAACAUCGAUACCUCGAGGGGAGAUGUGGUAUUUGCUGGCGAUGGAGAUGAGGUGGCGCCCGGCUCGGACUUUGCGCUGCUAACUCAAUGCAACCACACGGUAAUGACCAUUGGAACCUUUGGAUAUUGGGCAGCCUACCUGGCUUCAGGGAAGACCGUCUACCUGGCCAACUACACCCUCCCUGACUCCCAAUUCCUGAAUGUAUUCAAGCCUCAGGCUGCCUUCCUGCCCGAGUGGGUAGGCAUCCCUGCAGACCUCUCCCCACUCUUGCACUGAUCUGCCUCUGGCUUCGAUU